AUGCCACUUCUUUACUCAAAAACAUAUGUAUUUCAAACUCAAAAAAUAAUGACCUCUUACAUAGAUGCGACUGUUAACAGUGGAAACAUUCAGUCAAUUACAGAAAGUGAAGUUAAUAAUAUCAAGUCCUUAAUAAAUGAUUUAAGAUCACUCCAUAAAAUGAGAUGUUGCGCUCAUCAGAUUCUUGAAACGGAGUCCAUCAAAACAUCUGCUUUGAGGGUAAAGCUUCAGGAAUUUAAAAAGCAAAAGGUAGAAGAAAUUUUCGACAAAAGAAAUCUUGUGAGAAUGCUGAAUGAAAAUGAAUUGAAGAACCUAGAAGAUUCUCUGAACUCCAUUAAAAGUACUUAUGAGGAAAGUGAACAGACACUUGAGCAACUUACUCGCAUAUUGAAUUUAUUAAGACUUCAUGAAUUAAGGUCAAAUGAAGAAAACAGUGUUACAAUUGAAGCUUUAAAUAACUGCUUAGAUAAUAAAGCAAACAAACAAAUAUUUUUGAAUGAAAAAAUUGAAGAAAUUGAAAUGACUGAAUUGAAGGUGAAAGAAACUCAAAAGAUGCUAGAUGAGUUAAAUGCAGAUAUAACAGAAGAACGUAGAAAUGCAGUAAGAAAAGUGAUCAAAUUAGAAGAAGAAACGAAAAAGCUGAAAAAAGCGCUCAGUGUGCAACAUGAAAAAAACAGAAAAUUAGAAAUACCACAUCAAGAAGUUAGUGAAAUAUUACGUUGUAAAAGAUUUGAAGAAUUCUCAUUAUCGAAUAGUGUUGAUGAAUUAUACAAUAAUAUUCAUGAAUGUAAAGUUCGGAAAUCCGCUUUAUUAAAUACAAUUCAAAAGAAAGAAAAUGAAAUUGAAACAGCUGAAGAAAAACGUGAUUUCAUACAACAAUCAUUAAAUAAAAUGUUAGAAGAACAUGAAGAAAGUUUAGAAAAUAUAAGAAAAGAAUUGAAAAAAAUUGAAGAAUCACAAGAGACUUCAAUCAAAAAUAUUGAAGCAUAUGAAAAGAAAAAAGAGAUUUUAAAAGCCGAUGAACAGCGUUAUGAAUCUGAAAAGGAAAAACUACAAAAAGUUUUCAAGACAAAAGAAACAGAAGUAAUAAAAAUUGAAAAGGAAUAUAUGAUAAAAGCAGAGAAGACAGCUGAACUUCAAGAGCAAAUCAAUGAAAUGCUUGAAAAGAUGGAAAAUUUAAAUUCAUCAAAUAAAAGUGUAAUAGAUAAUUUAAAACAACAAGCAGAAAUUAUAAAUAACCAGUUAGCUAAUGCACGUAAAGAAAGAGUUCAAUUACAACGUAGACAACGUAAAAUUCAUAAACAAAUUAGCAGUUUUAAUGAUGAACAAAAUUUAUUUGUACGUAAAUAUCAACGUCGUAUUAAUGAAACAAAAAAUAAAAUAAAUUUACUUUUUAAACAAAAAACUCAAUUAGAAAAAGAAAUUGAAAUUAACAAACAAAAAGUUGGAGAAAUUCAAACAAAAAUGAAAGUUGAAAAAGAACAUCAUGAUUAUGAAAGAAUACAUACUACAGAGAAAAUUGUUUCACUAAAUAAAUUGUUGGAUGAAUUCGUUGAAAAGUGUCAACAGAUGGAUAAAAAUGUUCAAGAUGAACUACCAAAAUUGGAAGGAUUAAAUAGUAAAGUAAAAAUGAUUGAAAAGAUUGAAACAGAAACUAAGUCAUUACAGGUUGAAAUGAAUCAGAAUAUUCGUUCAUUGGAAAAUGAAAUAAAUCGAUUGAAUGAUGAGAACAAAAAACUUGAUUUUGAUCUAAAAUUAUCAAAAAAACAAACUAAUCUACAUCAAAUGGAUUAUAUGAAUAAAUUUAUCAAUGAAAUUGAUUUAUUGAAUAUUAAUGAAAAAAAUAUUUAUACUUAUGGCUGUCGUUUAAAAACUGUAGAAAUUGAAAAUGCUCGAAUCAACACAGGUAUUACAAAGCAAGAACAAUCUAUACAAAAUAUUUGUUCAGAUUGGGAAAAAAUAUUGAGACUUAAAUCAAUAUUAAGAAAUCAAUAUCAAUCUACAACAGAUAUGAUAAUGAACAAUGAAAAUAAAGAAAAGAAAUUAAUUCAAUCAUCAAUAGAUUUUUAUCAAUAUCUUAUUAAUGUAAAAUUAAAUAUUAUUAAAGAACAAUGUAUUGAACGUGAUCAAUUAUUUAAUGAAUUUCUACCUGAAUUAAUGAAAAAUUUUAAUGAAAUGAAUCAAUAUUUUACAAUUAUAUAAUCAAUGAAUGAUUCAAAAGAAAAGUAGAGAAAAAACAUGACAACGAUGAUGAUGAGGAUGAUAUGGAAUAGGUUAAAUGAAUUUGUUUAAAUUAGAUGGAAACUAUUUAGUUAUUUUGUUUAAUAAAACAAAGAAAUAAUAAUAAUAAUCAUAAAACAUUCAUUUAUUGACUUUUUUUUUCAAGACUUAGAAGUUCGCACCCACGAUUCCGCCUUGUGAGAAUCAGUGGUUUAGGGGUUCAGCGCUUGCGCGUGAUACCGAAAGGUUCUGGAUUCGAAUCAUAUGGGUGGGAUCGUGGAUAUGCAUUGGUGAGGAGUCUUAUACUAGGACAAAAUGACUGUCUACUGUUUCAGAGUUUUUCAUAGUGGUUUAGUUUUAAUUGACUUAUUAAUUCAAUUAUGAAGUUACUACAAUCUCCAGAAAAACUCUAAUCUGGUAAUAAUCAUGAUAUGCUAACUAGUGACUGACUUUCUGAGUAAUUUCCUGGAGUUCUAGUGAGAAGUCGUGGCCAGCAAAGUUCAACUGUGUAUGUUGUGAGGCAGUUACUCGCUCAAGAUAAUAGUGGAUGGUUGCGCAAUAUCGUGGAUCGGUCGAAGUUAGACAUUAAUACCGUUGGAUUCCUUAUCAGUAGUCUAGUUGGUAAGCGUUCGCGUACGAG